UGCAAAUCGUGAAAAAAGUGAAGUCGUAAAAAUCCCAGUUAAAUCUCAAGUCAAGUCUCAACAGAAUGAAAUGGUCGGUGUAACACAAUCAUACACUGGAACUGUCACCGCAGCGUCUUCAUCCAACAUCAGCCCAGGAGUGAGCCGCAUGAUCAAUACCAACGAGAGCGUUCCUGAUGCACCUUUGGGACUAGAAGGGGAGGCUGUAGGCUCCAAUGGGAUUCUGCUUUCUUGGACAAUGCCUCCUGGUACCAGCAGCAUUGAUGGAUAUAUAAUCAGGUACAAGGAAGUGUGUCCCUAUCCGGAUCCUGUCUUCACACAGGUGACCAAGUUUCUGGAUGUACCAGAGACUCUGCUCACUGACUUCACAUCCGGCUCGACAUACCAUAUUCAGGUGGCAGCCUCUUCUCCAGUAGGUAUAGGACCAUUUAGCAAAGCUGUCUACGUAAAGACUGCUGAGUCACCUCCCGGUUUGGUGACCAACUUAACAGCCUUUGCCCAGAAUCACACCUUUGUCCUGGUCACUUGGUUCCUGCCACACCGGAUUAAUGGCCUCAUCACAAAGUUUGCUGUCAAAGCCAAACACGCUCGCACAGGACAGACGGUCCGUGACCUUGAGGUCAAUGCAGAAGAUAUCAUGACCGGAGCGCUGCCUCAUUGCAAUGAUGCUGCAGAUAUUCUGUCUCGUGCGACCCUCAGUCCCUUGGAAAUGACAUCAUCAUCUUCUCCACCUUACACCCUCACCGCCGUGCCCCCUGCGGCCGCUUGGAGCGUCCCCAUAUCAGUAGGAGUUGAUCAGCUUCGACCUUACACUGCUUAUCUUUUUGAAGUGUCUGCAUUCACGUCAGAUGGAGAAGGACAGAUUGCGUCUACUAUGGUUCGCAUGCCCGAGUCAGCCCCAGAAGAUCCACCGCAGAACCUCUCAAUAUUAAAUGUGACAUCUCGAUCAAUAUCCUUUUCCUGGAACUCACCCACCAUCAUCACAGGAAAAUUCACCUACGUGGUCUUCCUAUAUGGCUCUACAGGAUAUUUAUAUGAAAACAGCACAGCAGACAUGAGGUUCGCUUUCACCGGUUUGACUCCCUACACCAAGUACACCAUUGCUGUUGGCGCCAAAGCGGCCGGAGAAGUGGGUCCAAUUGCUCAGGAGGAGGUGAUGACAUCUGCUGAAGCACCCAGUGCAGUUCAAGACCUGAAGGCAGUUGCAGAGGAUGCUGUUUCAAUCCGCGUGACUUGGAGAAUUCCAGCCCAACCAAAUGGUCCUAUUACCCAGUACAGACUGCAGGUCCUGCUGAAUGAAACUUUAUUACAUGACAUCACCCUCAAAGCAGAACCGAAUACGACUGGUUCUUCCGAAGGUGAGACGCUUGGCCCUGAUCAGCAUUCUGUUCAAGGGCGGCGUAGGAGAAAUGCUGAGCUCAGUUUGACCUUCACCACUGCUGAUUUUGACCCCACACAGUCAACUGCCAGGACCUCAUCCAGCCUCUCCUUCUCUCCACUCACAAGCGCUGAGGAAAGCACACACACCGCUGAUACACCUUACGAGGGCUUUAACCCCUCUUUAACCCCCUCGCUCACUGAGACGUCCGAUGACACUUACCAGUCUUCUUCACCUCCUCUUACACCAAUACCUGUGUCGCCUGUUACGCUUCCACCAUGGCUGACAAAGCACGCUGAGGACAUGACAUCUGAAUCAUCCUACCUUACUCUCACACCAGGCCAGAGCCGCUUUUCCACACGGCAUGCAUCCUUCACGGCACAUUCAUCAUCACAAAACACAGCGAGUUCUACUAAAGGUGUGAUUGUGCAAGAAGAAAUGAUGAAUGUGUUGAUGGAAGAGCUGUCUUACCUGGUGUCCGGUCUUGAACCCUUCACCGAGUACACCUUCAGGGUCACUGCCUCUACGUUAGUGGGCGAAGGACCAGCCUCACACAUCACUGAGAAGACUCGAGAACAAGUCCCCAGUUCAGUGCUCGCCCUUUCUUACCAAAACAUCAGCUCCACUUCCAUACGUGUGAGCUGGAUGCCUCCACUCAACCCCAACGGGCGGAUCACGCAUUACACCGUCUACGGCCUUGAAGUGCACAGUGGUCAAGCUCUGAUAUGGUUUACUAAUUCUACCAGCAUGGUCAUAACAGAUUUGAAGAAGUAUACUGGUUAUAAGCUACGUGUGGCGGCGUCUACAGCUGUGGGAGAGAGCUUUCUAUCUGAGGAAGAUUACAUCUUUCUCCUCACAUUAGAGGAUGAGCCAGACUCACCACCUAUGAACCUCAGUGUGGUGGACACCAACCCGUCCACGGUCAUCCUGACCUGGUCUGCUCCAGAGGAAGCCAAUGGUGUGAUCCAACAUUACUUGGUCCACUAUGAGAACCGGUCGUAUUCUUCUUCAGUGAACACCUCCACCAACGAAGUUACUCUCGUGAACCUGAAGCCAUUCACGUACUAUAAUGUCUCUGUGAUGGCGUUUACACGUUAUGGCCACGGCAACCAGACCUCUGAAUAUUUAAGCAUCUUAUCUGGAGAGGAUGUCCCGGGCAGUCCUCCUUACAGCCUCUCCUAUGAGUCACUCAGCCCAAAUGAGGUCAACGUGACCUGGCAGCCUCCUCUCGUGCCAAACGGCAUCAUCACCCACUAUAGCCUGCAGCUGUGGAAUUCAACCCAUUACCUGAAUCUCACCUCCCCGACCAACUUCAUCCGCAUCACACAUCUCAGGAAGUUUGCACGGUACAGGGUCAUGGUGCAGGCGCAUACACGGGCUGGACCAGGGAACUUCAGCACCGAGCCGCUCAACAUCACCACGUUGGAGGAUGCUCCUGACACGCCCCCUCAGUUCCUCCAUGCUCAGAAGUUGUCCGACUAUGAGGUGGAGUUAUUAUGGCAACCACCACUUGAAGCCAAUUCAGACAUACUCUACUAUCUUGUAAGAGUUUGGAAUGAAACAAUGGAUCUGCUGCAGAAUGUAACUGAGACAUCAGUGCUUAUUAAUUUGGACCCUGAGAGCCACUACAAUGCAUCAGUCUCCACCUGGACCAGAAUGGGAGAUGGAGGGGUGCAGGCAUACCUCAGCUUCACCACUGAUGCAGAGCCAUUUGACCCACCCCGGAAUGUGAAAUUUGCAAAUGUGACCGCCUCCUCUGUCAUCGUGCUGUGGCACCCACCCUCUGAACCCAAUGGAAUCAUUGUUCACUACUCAAUUUACUACUCUGAUAACAACACUGUGGCUGAGCAGAGAGUUCCCGUUUCAGAACUGUUUGUCCCUGUAUCACCGGACUCAGUUCUAUCCUGGACUCUGACUGGCCUUAUUGGGGGUACUAACUACACAGUGUGGAUGACCUCCAGCACUACAAAAGGGGACGGAGGCGUCCAAAGCGAGCCACUGACUCUAGUCUUACCUGAGGAUGUGCCAUCUGACUCCGUGCACAACCUGACCGCUCAGAUCUUCAGUUCCACCGCCAUCAUCAUCAGCUGGGACCCUCCCUUGGAGCCAAAUGGCCGUCCUUACUACCUGCUCACGCUGCAGGAGGCCGGCAUGCUCCCAAAUGUAUCCAAACAAGGCCCUCCAGUGGUCAACAAAACCAUCAAGAAAACCACCACUGAUACUGUCUUCCUCUUCACCAAACUGAGGAAGUAUUUCCCUUAUGUGCUGACUGUUACCCCGGCAACAGCAGCCGGGCCUGCCUACAACCACACCAGCACAAUGUACCUACGGACGGAUGAUGAUGUCCCCAGUUCUGCGCCACUGCUGGUGUCAACAACGAACCUGUCGUCAUCCUCCAUCGCCGUUGUAUGGCAGCGCCCUCUUGAGGCUAAUGGGGAGAUUACAGAGUAUACCCUCACUCUGUUCAGCCCAGUGGGCUUAAACACCACACAUACCCCCAACAGCUCCUUCACGUUCACUAACCUACUUCCGUACACAGCUUAUAACCUGACCAUUAGCGCUGCAACACGUAAAGGCUCAGGGCCCAUCCUGGUGCUGAUGCUGCAUACCGAUGAAGGGGGCCCAAUGUCCCCUCCACGUGACCUGACUAUUUUCAAUCACACGGCCGUCUCUGUGUGGUUGAGCUGGGAGCCCCCCCUGGAGCCCAAUGGGGUGGUGAUACAGUACGGCUUCAGGAUUCAAAACCUCAUCACACACAUCGUCACACACCAGAAUUCAUCCGGGCCAUCAACCACUGAAUACAUAUCUGGCUUCAAGCCUCAUAGUACCUAUGAGAUCAGUGUUUACUCUUUCACCCGAGUGGGCCACGGGAACCAGUUUAGCAGCCCUGUGACCUUCACCACUAAUGAGUCAGUGUCAGAAGCUAUUGGGAACCUGUCGUGCUCAGGGAUCAGUUGGGAUUCCGUUCAGCUAUCUUGGGAACCUCCAGCCAACCCGAAUGGACAGAUCCUCUUUUACGAGAUUCUAAUAGAAAUGGACUUGCAGUCCUACACACACCAGGUCAACACAUCAGAAUACACAGUGACUGGACUGCCACCAGAGCAGGAGUAUCUGCUAAGUGUGGCUGCAGUCAACUCUGCAGGGCUAGGAGAUCAAACCAACUGUACUGCUUCUACACUUUCAGAGUCAGCCCCAUCUGCCCCUCGCUUCCUCACCAUCUCUCAGGUCACCCCCAACAACAUCACACUCCAGUGGGAUCCCCCCCUCUCUAUCCCGGGCCUGCUGAUAGAAUACCACCUCCUUGCACAGCUACUCACCACUAGCUGUGGACCUGACAACCUCAUUGCUGCACAACAAGACCAGAGUGAAGAAGCAGACUCGGACUGUGUGAAAUCCACUAUCACAAUGUCAAUUAACGCUUCAGAAGAGGACCCCAGUGUCACGGUCCAUCCUCUGGCUAAAUACAGACACUACCGCUUCAAAUUGGCCGCUGUGACUAAUGCAGGAGUUGGAGAAUAUACACAGUGGAUCUAUGCACGCACCCUAGCUGGCAACCCGGACGCGCCUCCACGUGACCUCAGGGUGACUUCCACUUCCAGCAGCCUCCGUAUCGCGUGGCACCCUCCAGCCAUUAUCUCUGGACCAACAUCUUAUCUUGUGGAGGUGGAUGGUCCUGGUUUGAAUUACUCUGCAGUUAGAGCUCCGGGGGAGUUGACAACUGUGGUUGUGACUAAUUUAACUGCUUUCUCACGUUAUUCUGUGACUGUAACUGCUUUUACUGGUUCAGUAGAGCACGCCCCUAAGGAUGGGAAAGCUGUUGGGCCCAUCCUGUUUCUGACGUUGGAGGAAGAGCCUAAAGAUCCACCCAAAAACGUGGUGGUUUCUGUCAUUCCGGAUGAGGUAAACCAAGUAAAGGUGACCUUCACCCCGCCAGAGGAGCCCAAUGGACAAAUCACGUCCUACUUUGUAUACAUCUUUGAAAAAGAACUACUGGUGAGGAACAUCAGCCUUAACACCACCCAAAACGACAAUAGCAUGCUGAGCGCGGUGAUAGAUGGCCUAAAAGGUGGUCAUGACUACAGUAUUCAGAUUUCAGCAAAGAACAGCGCUGGUAGGAGUCCACCCAGCCCACAUGUCCAGAUAACGACUGGAAUCAAAGCCCCGGCCAAGCCCACCCAAAGACCCCAAGCAGUGCUCGGCCAUAGAGGUGUUGCCAUGGUUACCCACAGGAGUAUCACCAUUCGAAUGCCUGCGUGUUUCUAUAGUGACGAAAAUGGACCAAUCGCAAAAAUUCAGGUCAUCGUGGCUGAGUCAGGGGUGAAGGACACAUCAAACCUAACUAACUGGAGGAAUGCAUUCUUUGGCCAUCCCGCGCCGUAUGUUACUGACCAGGGCUUCCGCAACCCAUCAUGUUCAGGGGACACGAGGGACGCACGGAGUGUCUCUAGGGGCAAGCAUCUUCUGCCAAGACACAAUAACACUAUGGCGACUACCUAUGUGAUAGGAGUACAUGAUGAGUGUAUGCAGGAGAACGACACUGACACUUUGUGUAAUGGACCUCUAAAGGCCAACACUGUAUAUGUGUUUAAGUUCAGAGCGACUAACAUCAUUGGCCAGUACACUGACUCUGAAUACUCUGACCAUAUUAAAACUGCAGUUGAUGGACUGUUGACCAGAGAUGAGCAGAUCAUUCUUGGUGUACUCCUCUCCUUUUUUUUGGCGGUGCUACUGAUUGUCAUCAUCUGUGUAUCUGUCAAGUUCCACCAGCGCAAGAAGGAGGGUGGAACGUAUUCUCCCAGGCAAGCAGAGAUCAUUGAGACCAAGUAUAAACUGGAUCAGCUGAUUGCUGUGGCAGAUUUGGAACUGAAACAAGAAAAAGUCAACCGGUAUUCUUCCUUCUUCUUUAGACGAAAGGAGAUAUAUGUCAUCCAACUCCUCAGCUACAGGAAAUCACUCAAGCCCAUCAAUAAAAAGUCCUUCCUCCAGCAUGUGGAGGAUCUAUGCAGUAAUGACAAUGCCAAAUUCCAGGAGGAAUUUUCUGAGCUUCCCAAACUGCUUCAGGACCUGGCAACCACUGAUGCUGACCUGCCCUGGAAUAAAUCCAAGAACCGUUUUCCCAAUAUAAAACCUUAUAAUAACAAUAGGGUGAAACUGCUGUCAGAACCUGGAACUGCCGGCUCAGACUACAUCAACGCCAGCUUUGUUGCAGGUUACCUGUGUCCCAAUGAGUUUAUUGCAACCCAGGGUCCAUUACCCAACACAGUGGCUGACUUUUGGAAGAUGAUUUGGGAAACAGGAAGUCGCACCAUCGCUAUGCUCACACAGUGUCACGAAAAAGGCAGGAUUCGUUGUCACAAAUACUGGCCUGAGGACAACAAACCCAUGUCAGUGUUUGGCGACAUCCUUAUAUCCAAAGUAUCGGAAGAAAUCCUUCCUGACUGGACUGUCAGAACCCUGAAAGUAGAAAAGCACGGCCAUUACAUUUUGGUUCGCCACUUCAACUACACAUCAUGGCCCGAGCACGGGGUCCCAGAAUCCUGCAGCACUCUCAUCAAGUUCGUCAGAGCGGUCCGAGCGCACCGGCAUGACAACACCACUAUAGCGGUCCAUUGCAGUGCUGGUGUGGGCAGAACAGGCGUGUUCAUCGCUCUGGACCAUCUCAUUCAACACAUCAGAGAUCACGAUUUUGUGGACGUUUACGGUCUAGUGGCUGAACUGCGCAGUGAGAGGAUGUGCAUGGUACAGAACCUGGCCCAGUACAUCUUCUUGCACCAGAGCACAUUGGAACUACUGAACAAUAAAGGCAACAGCCAGUCCAUAUGGUUUGUCAGCUACUCUGCUCUGGAGAAGAUGGACUCCCUGGAUGCCAUGGAAGGUGAUGUUGAACUGGAAUGGGAAGAGACUACAAUGUAACAAUGUAGACACUUUGCCAGAAGAUGGCUAUGUUCAUUAGAAGAUGGUGGAGGUCAAAGGCACCCUUCGAACAUUGCUGCUCCCUUCAAGGAACGUCUUGUUUUCACGGUGAGGAAGUGGUAGAGCGCUCUAUCACAUUUUUGCACACACUGAGUCCGCUGUGUAUUGUCAUGACUGUAUUAUAUACCGAAACCCCUUUGUGUUUUGGUAAGAUAAUUUAUUCAGCCAUAUUUUUUUUUCUAUGUCUUUGUAAAUUCUGCCUGCGUUGAGGAGUUGACAGCAUUCCAGUUUUGGGUUUAUUCUUUCCUCAAGAGUGAUUUGCAAUAAUAAAAGCCUUUUUUCAAAUUUUUACAUCCUUUAUAGUUGAAUUAGCGGUACCCUUAAGGACUCUUUGAGCAAAUGAAGCAACAUCGUAUCCCAUUAAGCUUGUAUGACUCCUGUACAGGAAAUAAGCAUGCAGUUAGGUUCGCAGACACCACAGUGACUUCUGUAUAAGUCAAUCAACAUGUGAUUGAAAUCCACACUUUAAUUAAAGGGGACCUUAUGCUUUUUCAACUUUUCUGACAUUUAAUGUAGUUAGAACGUUGUAUUCUCGUGUUAAAAGAGUUUCAGAUAAUGAGGUUUGUGUAUUUGGAUGUGAGCCCUGAAAGACAUUUGGGAUGUCACAGAUGAGCUGGCUUCCUUAUGGGUGUGGCUAUAAGCCAAAUACGCUCUCUCCCCUCCGCAAACUGGAAGAUUUUGGAAGAUCUAGAAAGUCUUCUGUGAUGGUUAUUGUGUGUAGCUGCUCUAUAGGAGUCCACAACUCAACACAAAGGGUUGAAAAAUGAGCAUAAUAGGUCCACUUUAAGAGGUGUUACAAAAAUAUGUAAUUUAGCAUUCAGACAUUACAGCUUUAAUUUUCAGGGGUCACAAGAGUAGAGAGCAUUCUCUCUCUUCUUAAGAGAGAAAUGAAAUUUGGAUAGAAAGUUGGAGUAGUCAGUGUACAGCUUGUGCAGCAGUGAGCUGCACGGUUUACUGGAAUUCUCUUCC